AUGUGGCCGCUUCUAACGCUGGCGGUAUUGGGCUUCGCAUCGCGGACGCUCGCCGCCGGCUACUGUUCCAUCAACACUUUUCCCACAAAUACAACCUGGAUGCAGUUUACUAAGGAGCCAGUCUCUUUCGAGUACGGAUUCCAGGACAAGUUCAAGAGCAUACAUUGCUGUGUCAAAGGAUAUAGAAGUAUAGAAUGGUUCAAAGACGGGGUGGCGUAUCCGUGGUCGGCGGGCGUGUCGAACCUGAUCCUGUACCCGGAGGCGGCCAACCAGACGCUGUACACGCGGCGAGCCGCCCGCACCGACUCCGGCAACUACACCUGCCGCCUCAGCAACGAGACGCACAGCGAAACUCACACCGUGCGCCUGGACAUCUUAGAAAAGCCGACAGAUGCGCCGAAAACAAUGUUCAUUUCGAAAGACCAGUGGGUGGAGGAAGGGGGCGAGGUGCGCCUGUACUGCGAAGCUCUCAUCGGGCGCUCGUAUCUGGCGGACGCACGAAGCGAUCUACGAUGGUGGAAGGUCUGGCCCAACGGCACCGAGGGUGACUUACUGCCCACGCAACGCGAAAUCAAAACUUCUCGAGACGAUGUGGAGGACAUAAUCGGCGCAUAUCUGAGCAUCGAGCGUGUGUCGACGCUAGACUACGGCACGUAUGUGUGCGUCGUGCACAGCAACGACUUCGUGUCGCGCAGCUACGUCACGCUCCACUACAAGCUGUGGGGGGACGGGGCGGCGGCGUGGUGCGGCGGCGGCGCGGUGCCGUGGCGCGCGCUGGCGCUGGGCGGCGCGGGCGGCGCGCUGCUGCUGCUGACGGCCGCCGCGCUGCACCGCCGCUGCACGCCGCGCCUGCUGCUCGCCGCACGCCACGCGCGCGCGCGCGCCGCUACGCCCGCGCACCGCGCACGAGUCUUGGAAAAAGAGUUCGAUGUACUUGUAUGUUGGACGGAAGUGGACGGCGAGCUGGUGCGCGGCGCCUUGCUGCCCACUCUAGCGCUCAAGUACAAGUAUCGAGUACAUGCAGUAGUGCUUUCCACACAGCCGGACAACUGGUACAGCGAGCUAGUAGGUGAAGCUUCGCGUUGCCGUUCCCUGGUGGCGGUGCUGUCUCCUGCACAAUACACGCCUCAGCAGCUACUCACUGCACUGCGCCAGCUGAGAGCUUUACCUUUACCGCCCGUUGUCGUCUUACUGCAGGAUCUGCCGAAGCUGAAGCGCGAGGCGAAGGAGGCGGGCGAGUGGCUGGUGGGCGCGCUGCGGCGCACGCGGCUGGUGGCCUGGCGCCACGUGCACGAGCGCGCCUUCUGGACCGCGCUGCGCCUCGCGCUGCCGCUGCCGCCGCCGCCCCCGCACCACCCGCACCCGCACACGGUACGUCACGCACACACAAGCACACACACGCACCGGCUGCUGGCCUGGCGCCACGUGCACGAGCGCGCCUUCUGGACCGCGCUGCGCCUCGCGCUGCCGCUGCCGCCGCCGCCCCCGCACCACCCGCACCCGCACACGGUACGUCACGCACACACACGCACCGGCUGCUGGCCUGGCGCCACGUGCACGAGCGCGCCUCCUGGACCGCGCUGCGCCUCGCGCUGCCGCUGCCGCCGCCGCCCCCGCACCACCCGCACCCGCACACGGUACGUCACGCACACACACGCACCGGCAGCUGGCCUGGCGCCACGUGCACGAGCGCGCCUUCUGGACCGCGCUGCGCCUCGCGCUGCCGCUGCCGCCGCCGCCCCCGCACCACCCGCACCCGCACACGGUACGUCACGCACACACACGCACCGGCAGCUGGCCUGGCGCCACGUGCACGAGCGCGCCUUCUGGACCGCGCUGCGCCUCGCGCUGCCGCUGCCGCCGCCGCCCCCGCACCACCCGCACCCGCACACGGUACGUUACGCACACACACGCACCGGCUGCUGGCCUGGCGCCACGUGCACGAGCGCGCCUUCUGGACCGCGCUGCGCCUCGCGCUGCCGCUGCCGCCGCCGCCCCCGCACCACCCGCACCCGCACACGGUACGUCACGCACACACAAGCACACACACGCACCGGCUGCUGGCCUGGCGCCACGUGCACGAGCGCGCCUUCUGGACCGCGCUGCGCCUCGCGCUGCCGCUGCCGCCGCCGCCCCCGCACCACCCGCACCCGCACACGGUACGUCACGCACACACAAGCACACACACGCACCGGCUGCUGGCCUGGCGCCACGUGCACGAGCGCGCCUUCUGGACCGCGCUGCGCCUCGCGCUGCCGCUGCCGCCGCCGCCCCCGCACCACCCGCACCCGCACACGGUACGUCACGCACACACACGCACCGGCUGCUGGCCUGGCGCCACGUGCACGAGCGCGCCUUCUGGACCGCGCUGCGCCUCGCGCUGCCGCUGCCGCCGCCGCCCCCGCACCACCCGCACCCGCACACGGUACGUCACGCACACACAAGCACACACACGCACCGGCUGCUGGCCUGGCGCCACGUGCACGAGCGCGCCUUCUGGACCGCGCUGCGCCUCGCGCUGCCGCUGCCGCCGCCGCCCCCGCACCACCCGCACCCGCACACGGUACGUCACGCACACACACGCACCGGCUGCUGGCCUGGCGCCACGUGCACGAGCGCGCCUCCUGGACCGCGCUGCGCCUCGCGCUGCCGCUGCCGCCGCCGCCCCCGCACCACCCGCACCCGCACACGGUACGUCACGCACACACACGCACCGGCAGCUGGCCUGGCGCCACGUGCACGAGCGCGCCUUCUGGACCGCGCUGCGCCUCGCGCUGCCGCUGCCGCCGCCGCCCCCGCACCACCCGCACCCGCACACGGUACGUCACGCACACACACGCACCGGCAGCUGGCCUGGCGCCACGUGCACGAGCGCGCCUUCUGGACCGCGCUGCGCCUCGCGCUGCCGCUGCCGCCGCCGCCCCCGCACCACCCGCACCCGCACACGGUACGUUACGCACACACACGCACCGGCUGCUGGCCUGGCGCCACGUGUACGAGCGCGCCUUCUGGACCGCGCUGCGCCUCGCGCUGCCGCUGCCGCCGCCGCCCCCGCACCCGCACACGGUACGUCACGCACACACACGCACACACACGCACCGGCUGCUGGCCUGGCGCCACGUGCACGAGCGCGCCUUCUGGACCGCGCUGCGCCUCGCGCUGCCGCUGCCGCCGCCGCCCCCGCACCACCCGCACCCGCACACGGUACGUCACGCACACACACGCACCGGCUGCUGGCCUGGCGCCACGUGCACGAGCGCGCCUCCUGGACCGCGCUGCGCCUCGCGCUGCCGCUGCCGCCGCCGCCCCCGCACCACCCGCACCCGCACACGGUACGUCACGCACACACACGCACCGGCAGCUGGCCUGGCGCCACGUGCACGAGCGCGCCUUCUGGACCGCGCUGCGCCUCGCGCUGCCGCUGCCGCCGCCGCCCCCGCACCACCCGCACCCGCACACGGUACGUCACGCACACACACGCACCGGCAGCUGGCCUGGCGCCACGUGCACGAGCGCGCCUUCUGGACCGCGCUGCGCCUCGCGCUGCCGCUGCCGCCGCCGCCCCCGCACCACCCGCACCCGCACACGGUACGUUACGCACACACACGCACCGGCUGCUGGCCUGGCGCCACGUGUACGAGCGCGCCUUCUGGACCGCGCUGCGCCUCGCGCUGCCGCUGCCGCCGCCGCCCCCGCACCCGCACACGGUACGUCACGCACACACACGCACACACACGCACCGGCUGCUGGCCUGGCGCCACGUGCACGAGCGCGCCUUCUGGACCGCGCUGCGCCUCGCGCUGCCGCUGCCGCCGCCGCCCCCGCACCACCCGCACCCGCACACGGUACGUCACGCACACACACGCACCGGCUGCUGGCCUGGCGCCACGUGCACGAGCGCGCCUCCUGGACCGCGCUGCGCCUCGCGCUGCCGCUGCCGCCGCCGCCCCCGCACCACCCGCACCCGCACACGGUACGUCACGCACACACACGCACCGGCAGCUGGCCUGGCGCCACGUGCACGAGCGCGCCUUCUGGACCGCGCUGCGCCUCGCGCUGCCGCUGCCGCCGCCGCCCCCGCACCACCCGCACCCGCACACGGUACGUCACGCACACACACGCACCGGCAGCUGGCCUGGCGCCACGUGCACGAGCGCGCCUUCUGGAUCGCGCUGCGCCUCGCGCUGCCGCUGCCGCCGCCGCCCCCGCACCACCCGCACCCGCACACGGUACGUUACGCACACACACGCACCGGCUGCUGGCCUGGCGCCACGUGUACGAGCGCGCCUUCUGGACCGCGCUGCGCCUCGCGCUGCCGCUGCCGCCGCCGCCCCCGCACCCGCACACGGUACGUCACGCACACACACGCACACACACGCACCGGCUGCUGGCCUGGCGCCACGUGCACGAGCGCGCCUUCUGGACCGCGCUGCGCCUCGCGCUGCCGCUGCCGCCGCCGCCCCCGCACCACCCGCACCCGCACACGGUACGUCACGCACACACACGCACCGGCUGCUGGCCUGGCGCCACGUGCACGAGCGCGCCUCCUGGACCGCGCUGCGCCUCGCGCUGCCGCUGCCGCCGCCGCCCCCGCACCACCCGCACCCGCACACGGUACGUCACGCACACACACGCACCGGCAGCUGGCCUGGCGCCACGUGCACGAGCGCGCCUUCUGGACCGCGCUGCGCCUCGCGCUGCCGCUGCCGCCGCCGCCCCCGCACCACCCGCACCCGCACACGGUACGUUACGCACACACACGCACCGGCUGCUGGCCUGGCGCCACGUGUACGAGCGCGCCUUCUGGACCGCGCUGCGCCUCGCGCUGCCGCUGCCGCCGCCGCCCCCGCACCCGCACACGGUACGUCACGCACACACACGCACACACACGCACCGGCUGCUGGCCUGGCGCCACGUGCACGAGCGCGCCUUCUGGACCGCGCUGCGCCUCGCGCUGCCGCUGCCGCCGCCGCCCCCGCACCACCCGCACCCGCACACGGUACGUCACGCACACACACGCACCGGCUGCUGGCCUGGCGCCACGUGCACGAGCGCGCCUCCUGGACCGCGCUGCGCCUCGCGCUGCCGCUGCCGCCGCCGCCCCCGCACCACCCGCACCCGCACACGGUACGUCACGCACACACACGCACCGGCAGCUGGCCUGGCGCCACGUGCACGAGCGCGCCUUCUGGACCGCGCUGCGCCUCGCGCUGCCGCUGCCGCCGCCGCCCCCGCACCACCCGCACCCGCACACGGUACGUUACGCACACACACGCACCGGCUGCUGGCCUGGCGCCACGUGUACGAGCGCGCCUUCUGGACCGCGCUGCGCCUCGCGCUGCCGCUGCCGCCGCCGCCCCCGCACCCGCACACGGUACGUCACGCACACACACGCACACACACGCACCGGCUGCUGGCCUGGCGCCACGUGCACGAGCGCGCCUUCUGGACCGCGCUGCGCCUCGCGCUGCCGCUGCCGCCGCCGCCCCCGCACCACCCGCACCCGCACACGGUACGUCACGCACACACACGCACCGGCUGCUGGCCUGGCGCCACGUGCACGAGCGCGCCUUCUGGACCGCGCUGCGCCUCGCGCUGCCGCUGCCGCCGCCGCCCCCGCACCACCCGCACCCGCACACGGUACGUCACGCACACACAAGCACACACACGCACCGGCUGCUGGCCUGGCGCCACGUGCACGAGCGCGCCUUCUGGACCGCGCUGCGCCUCGCGCUGCCGCUGCCGCCGCCGCCCCCGCACCACCCGCACCCGCACACGGUACGUCACGCACACACACGCACCGGCUGCUGGCCUGGCGCCACGUGCACGAGCGCGCCUUCUGGACCGCGCUGCGCCUCGCGCUGCCGCUGCCGCCGCCGCCCCCGCACCACCCGCACCCGCACACGGUACGUCACGCACACACACGCACCGGCUGCUGGCCUGGCGCCACGUGCACGAGCGCGCCUUCUGGACCGCGCUGCGCCUCGCGCUGCCGCUGCCGCCGCCGCCCCCGCACCACCCGCACCCGCACACGGUACGUCACGCACACACACGCACCGGCUGCUGGCCUGGCGCCACGUGCACGAGCGCGCCUUCUGGACCGCGCUGCGCCUCGCGCUGCCGCUGCCGCCGCCGCCCCCGCACCACCCGCACCCGCACACGGUACGUCACGCACACACAAGCACACACACGCACCGGCUGCUGGCCUGGCGCCACGUGCACGAGCGCGCCUUCUGGACCGCGCUGCGCCUCGCGCUGCCGCUGCCGCCGCCGCCCCCGCACCACCCGCACCCGCACACGGUACGUCACGCACACACACGCACCGGCUGCUGGCCUGGCGCCACGUGCACGAGCGCGCCUUCUGGACCGCGCUGCGCCUCGCGCUGCCGCUGCCGCCGCCGCCCCCGCACCACCCGCACCCGCACACGGUACGUCACGCACACACACGCACCGGCUGCUGGCCUGGCGCCACGUGCACGAGCGCGCCUUCUGGACCGCGCUGCGCCUCGCGCUGCCGCUGCCGCCGCCGCCCCCGCACCACCCGCACCCGCACACGGUACGUCACGCACACACACGCACCGGCUGCUGGCCUGGCGCCACGUGCACGAGCGCGCCUUCUGGACCGCGCUGCGCCUCGCGCUGCCGCUGCCGCCGCCGCCCCCGCACCACCCGCACCCGCACACGGUACGUCACGCACACACAAGCACACACACGCACCGGCUGCUGGCCUGGCGCCACGUGCACGAGCGCGCCUUCUGGACCGCGCUGCGCCUCGCGCUGCCGCUGCCGCCGCCGCCCCCGCACCACCCGCACCCGCACACGGUACGUCACGCACACACAAGCACACACACGCACCGGCUGCUGGCCUGGCGCCACGUGCACGAGCGCGCCUUCUGGACCGCGCUGCGCCUCGCGCUGCCGCUGCCGCCGCCGCCCCCACACCACCCGCACCCGCACACGGAGAAACCUAACAACACGGAAGCUGAGGAAAGUAAGAACUAUCGCUCUGGUAGUUUAACUGCGCUCGUGUGA